UACGGCCGGCAACAGAGAAUCCGGCGAGUGGGACGCUGCUUCCUAAGAGCCGGAGAAACCGCUUCGACCCGAGUAGCUGCGUUUCUUAGUCAGGAAAAUGUCUGAUCAGGAGGAGGAAGAAUUUAGUGCUCAGAAUGUUGUUGAUGCAUCAGAAGAAAGUGAAGAUGCUUUUGAGACUAUCAAUAUUCCAGUUUCCUCAGAAGAGCAUCCAGAGUCAAAUCAAACUGGAGGCCAUGAAUCUGAAUUAGAACCAUCUGGUGUUGAGGAGCGGAGUGGCCAGAGCUCUUCAAGCCUGGAACUAAGGGAUAAAGAACAGGCCUCGGAAGAGGUUAUGUCACCUGAACUCGUUUCAUAUUCUCCAAGUCAUGAAAAGCCCUAUCUAAUUAAUUCUGAUAGUGCAAUGCAGUCAGCCAAACAGUAUUCAAAUGAUGGUUCUCUGACAUUUCUGGAUAAAAUAAAGGCUAUAAAGGAAUCUCUGAAAACAUCAAUGAAAGAUUCUUUAGCAACAGUAAAAGUUGUACUUCUUCCUGUGGGCCAGGAAAUUGUAAUGCCUUUUAAAAUUGACACCAUUUUUAAAUACCUCAAGGAUCAUUUUUCAUCCUUAUUAAGUGUCCCACCUGAUGUACUGCAGAUAAGAUGUUCAGGAAUGAUUCUUAAAAAUAAUGAGACUCUACUACAACAUGGAGUGAAGGCACAGGAUAUUGUACAAGUGGAAAUCUUUUCUACACAUCCAGAUCGAUAUCCAAUCAAAAGAAUAGAUGGAUUAAAUGACGUCUCUCAAAUCAUAACUGUCAGAGUGCAAACUGGCAUUGAUCAGUACCAGGAGGUAGCUGUUGAGAUUAUAAAAUCUGACUUUCACAAACCAUAUCUUGGUGGAUUCAGACAUAAAAUAACAGGAAUAGAAUAUCAUAAUGCUGGAACACAAACUGUACCUAAAAAGAUUCUUGAAAAACAUAAUGUAUUGUGUAGGGAUACACAGACAGUUUUUCAGAGACAAAAGUUCCAACAAACUACAAAUACAACAUCCACACAGAUGACUAAAAUUGGUGUAUAUGUAUCAAAUAUGACUGAUAAACUGGUAAUACCAGGAAAAUAUUUUUCAGCAGAAGAAUACCAUGCUCAAAGAUUAGAGGCGGUACUAGUGCUACAGACUUACUACAGACAAUGGCAUGCUAAAAUCGUGGUAAAGAAUUUAAGAAGACAGAAAAUGUUAAGGCUGAAGUGGGAAGCACAGGAAGAACUAAGGAAGAUGAGAGAAAAAGAAGAAUGGAUGAAAUUGGACUAUUACCGGAGGCAUAAUCCUCAAACAAAAGAAGAUUUUGAACUACUUUAUAAUGCACUGGAACUCUGGCAUCGAGAAGAACUUGCACGCAUUAACCAGUCUUUCACUGGAGCUGAAAGGAAGGCUGCUUUGUGUGAACUUCUGGAAAAAGAGAUCCAGAUAAUUUCUUCCAUUGGGAGACAUAGAUACAUUGCUUACAUGGCGAACCAAGAAGCAUCAAUACAAGCUUUUUUGGAUAAGUGUUCAGCUCCAAAGACAUGGAGAACAUUUGAUGGCAAAAUAGUUGAGAUGGAUACACAGUUCACCAUCAGAGCCAGAGAACUGCAAAACAUCUAUAAAUGCAUUACACUGAAAAAUCUCUCUCAAGAUGAGAGGCUGGAUGUGCUCUUAACACUUAAACAUACUGUGAAGGAACAUGAAUGUAAACUGACUCAGGAAAUUUUACAAUUGAUUGACAGAGAGGUUGACCUUAUGAUGAGAGGAGUCAAACAUCAUAACCUUGAAGGACUCAGAAAAAGAAUUGCAACACUCUUUUUUCAAUACAUUAAAACACCUCUGUUUAAUCCAGAAGUUGCAAGACACCUUAAGGCCCCUCAAGACCCACUGAAGUUUUAUAAGAAGAUUUACUUUUGCCACAGUUGCCAGCUGUAUUUGCCUUCUACAGCGUUUGCUGUAUCCGCGACUUCACACCGCAUAUACCGGUGUCGUCACUGCGUUAAUCUUGACAAUGAGACUCGACAGCGAGAAUCAUUUUUGAAGUACAAAUGUUUACUUCAACGGCUCUACUAUUCAGAAACUGAUUAUGAAGAUGACUCUAAAAUUGCUUUUCUGAUGCAGCUACAAGAUAUUCAGUACCUGACAGAGAACAUCUGGGCAUCCCAGUCAGUCCUCAGUGCCUGGACCAAUCUCAAUGAUCUGGUCAUGGUCAGGUGGGAUAAAUCCUUGGAGUGGUCCCCCUGGAACUGCAUUCUUCUCACCAAAGAUGAAGCUGCUGUUCAUCUCAAGCUAACAAGUAUUGAAGAGGGAUAUGAACCCUUGUUUAUUCACAAGAUCAAACACAAACAUAUCCUGGCUAAGAACUAUUUUUCUCAAAUUCCAGUGCUGGCUUCAUUUAUACCUGAUGGUGAAAUAGAUGAGAUCAGAAAGAAAUAUCACUCAGAAACAACACCUAAGAUUAUAGAACUCCAGACGCCUAGUCCUUAGAAGACCCAGGAGCAUUUGUUUGAUGAUCAGCAUUUUUAUUCACUGCUAAUAGAGUAAUACAGAGGUCACACAAUAUGGAA